AUGGAUGACCUCGCCAGGGCCGAGUACCCGGCCAUGCUGCCGCAUCUCCAGCCGAAUCAGGCCGCGCAGCUCCUCAACGACCGGGUCAAGCGCAUCGGCAAGAUAAACAACGAAAUCGCCGACUGGCUUCAGGAACGCCGUCGCAUCGAAGAUCAAUAUGUCGCAGGCCUGCGCAAGCUCGCCCAGUUUAGAGUCCCCAAUGCGCAGUCAGAGCUCGGCGUCUUUCAAACGCCAUGGGCUCGCAUCCUCGGCGCCGUCGAGCGCAUCGCCGCGUCUCACCACCAAUUCGCGGACGGCAUCGAGCGGGAUGUUGAACUGCCUCUACGCGCCUUCCCGCAGCGAAACGACGUACAGAACAUGCAAACAAUCUCUUCCAACCUGACCAAUCUCGGCAAGGACCUCGAAGACGCCCGCGACAAGGCCGACAAGCUCAAUAAGAAGGGCGGCAAGACGAGCGCCCAGAAAAUCGAUGCCGCUUCUAUGAGACUCGAGUCGGCCCAGCAGGAGUGGGAUUCUCAGGCUCCCUUCGUCUUUGAGACGCUCCAGGCUCUCGACGAGUCGCGUGUCAAUCAGCUACGCGACGCCCUUACGCAAUACCAGACCCACGAGUCCGACCAGGCGCAACGGACACAGACCAUCGCCGGAGAGACGCUUGCCGUCACCAUCGAGAUUGAGACAGAGUCAGAGAUUCGGGGCUUCGUUCAAGGCACUAUUGGCGACCGGCCACUGGCUCCCACUAGAAGCUCGACACGGCGCUCCUCCGUCGGAGUUGGCGCGAAUAAUGCUUCCCAGGCUCCGGGCACGCCAGCAGCUGUCAGUCGCGAAAACACUAUGAACAAUAACAUUACCCCUACGCCAUCGGUACCACAAUCAGUGCCCGAAGAGGACUCCUUUGAUCAAUCCCCAGCACCUCAAAAAGAAUCCAAACUUCGACGACUCGGAACGAUCCUCGGUGGACGACGUCGCCAAAGUGUCCACGGUGGCUUUGGGCAGCUUGGGUCUCAGAAGGGUGGCGCGACCAAUUUCGGACGCCUAGGCAGCAGUGGCCGUGGCAUCUCGCCCAGGGCUUCUGCGAGUAACCUCAACGAAUCGACCAGACUGUCUUCCCUCGCUGAAGAUGGGCCCGCCUCACCCAUUCGCCCCAAGACCGGCGGCGACAGACCCAAUGGCCUCACCAAUAUCGACGACGACGCUCCGGCGCUGCCAAUUCCGACGGGCACGAACGGAUCUCUAGCCGGCCAUUUCGAGUCCUCACAAGCCUCCACCGGCGAGGCCUCAUCACCGAAAAAGGAUGCGGAGGGCUUCAGCGUCAGGGCGCCCAUGCACGACCCCAUCAGCGAGGCGCAACGAGAAGCUGCCAGCGAUGAUUCAGAACAGCCAUUCAAGCUGAGCAUCCAGAACCAACCCAUCUCUGAGGAAGAUCCCGACGAGAAGGAGGCGGCCCUCUCCAGCGUUGCCAACACCCUCAAGCUCCCGACCGCCCAGCGCUCGCGCACCGUUCGCGGCCGCCGGGACGUUAGGAAUACUAUUUACAACCCGGCGGGCGGUCUGCCCGACGCGCUCUCUGACAGCUCGCUCGCCUCCCUCCCAACGCCCAAGCCCACCACCUUGGGUUCGACGCUAACCUCGGAGCCCAGCAUCGCGGGCGUCUCGGAUUCGCAGUCCGUCCGGUCGGGCACCUCGCUCGGCAACUUUGCUCACAUCAAGCACCCUGAGAUGAGCAGCCCUGGCCUCAACUCAUCCAUAAUCGAAACGGUGUCGGCCCAGUUCGAAGAAGGCGAAAUCAAGAAUGUUGCCAUUGCGGGCGAGAUUGCCUUUGCCUACAAUAGCAACGACUCCAACGACAAGACCCACGAAACGAUCCGUAUCAACAACUUUGCCCGUCUAGAAAAGAUUGGCCCCAACCGCAUCUUUGUGCAAAACGCGUCGAUAGAGCACCCGGACCAGUUCUCGCUCGAGCUGUCACACAUCCCCAGGACGGCGACGGCGUUUUCCUACCGCGUCUUCGCAGACGAAGGCAACCCGCUGGCGCUCAGCGACUUCGUGCCGCUGCUCCUCAAGCCCGCGUGGAAGCCCCAGGGCGACAAGCUCGGCCUGCUGCUGCAGUACCGGCGCAACCCGGCGUGUGCGCUGCCCACCGGUCCGCUGACGUUGCACAAUGUGGUUAUUGUCGCCACCUACGACGGCCGCGCCGUCGGCGCCCAGACCAAGCCCAGCGGUACACACCUCAAGGACAGGCACCUCGUCUACUGGCGCCUCGGCGACGUCGUCCUCCCCGAAGCCGGCUCCGACGAGGCUGCUACCGCCGCCGCCCACAAGAUCGUCUGCCGCGUUCUGGGGGCCGAAGGCGCGGAGCCCCGACCCGGCCGCGUCGAGGCCCGCUGGGAAUUCGUCACGUCCGGCCCCGUCGCCACCGCCUCGGGCAUCUCGGUCGCUCGCCUCACUGAGGCCAAGGGCAAGGAAGUCGCGGCCUCAGCCGCCGCGAGCGACCCCUUUGCUGACGCCGACGCCGCGCCGGACACGCCAAACAGCUGCUGGGUCGACGUGCCCCUGACGCAGAAGCUCGUCAGCGGCAAAUACGAGAGCAAUUAA